AUGGCGGCCACUCCGGCCUUCGUUAAUCGUGGAAAACGAACCUUACCCGUACAACGGUUGCGACCACGGCAGCAGUCAGGAAGCGAAGGAAGCGGCGGCGGUGGGGGAGGCGGUUUCAGUGCUGUGACAAUUGGGAUCGUUGCCGGAAUAGUCUUCUUCCUCACCGCUUGUGUCGUAUUUUAUAUGUGCCUGCGACGAUGGAAAGUCCAGGGCAAGAGUCCACGAUAUAUCCCAACGAAGUUCUUGAAACGAAAAUGGGAGAGCUGGAGACCUACUGGGAAAUACACGGCCGUUCGAAAUCGAGAUCUAUCAUCGACAAACACCGCCUACAACGGAAAUGAAAUAGGAGGGUCUGGAACUGGAGCAGGGGUCGACCGAAGUACCAGUGUCCGAAGCGUUAUAACCUUACCAGCAUAUUCGCGUACACCGAAGGAUACAGAACAAGUAAUCGGUCGGGAAGGUGAGAGAGAAGGCAUGGAUACCGUGGUCGAGUUUCCGGAAACCGCGGAAGAAGAGGAAUCCCGCCGUGAAGAGCAGAUGGAAUCCCUCUACCAAAUUCGGGUGGCUCGGCGUCGUGAAAUAGCAGAGCGAGAAGAGCGACGACGGGAAAGAAGAGAGGCUCGGGAGAGAGGAGAUACUGCCCGUUUGGAGCAGCUGAGGCGAGAGUCCCGGCAGCGGGCCAGCGAAAGUGCCACUUCUCUCAACGGAGGCGUCAGUGUUUCUGCGGCCACGCUCAUUGCUGAACAUCAAUCACGUGGACGAGAAAGAAGGGUAUCAAGUGUUGCUUACGGUUCGCUGGGCGAAGUACGACACGAUGGCACCAGGAUCCGGGCCAAUAGUAAUGAGUCUGAGCGAGGCGGACUUUUGAGCGGAGCAGCGCCCAUGGGCGAAGCUGAAGGUCGGCCUCGACUUCUUUCAGACGCUACGUCGAUUUCAAAUCUCUCGCGACCUCAUACACGAGAUCACUCGAUCAGCGGAAUAAGUGUCUCGACCAAUGGAUCAGACAUGGAACUCCAGGAAACUCCCGGUUCUACUCUUCCAGGAGACCGAAACCGGCCUCGAAGCUCUCAAAGUGACGGUCCCCAAAGUGGCACUUCCAACUCCUCUCCCACCGCUAACAGGUUCACCCCCGACGACAGCACCGGCUCCGAAGAUAUUGGUGAAUCUCGAAUUCCGCACACCGAAGUUGACGACGAGAGUCGUCCCCCAGACUACGAGUUCCUAGAAUGGGGAGAUGCUCCUGCGUAUGAGGAUGCUGUGGCCCGGCGUGCAGCGAGUAACGCCAGUGCCCGGUCUGCCGGCGUUCCAAGCAGAGUCCCCAGUAAUGCACCACGGUUGCCGCAGCUCAAUUUGCCGAGCAUCAGUGUCUCUGAUGCCACGGAACCCAACACCCCAGCGACGCCGUCGGCAAAUGCUCGCCACAAUUCAGGAGGUGAGGAGCCCCCGACUUCUUGA